GUAUAUGCUCGUUAGUGAAUAGGCCCCACCCGAAACACACAGACAGUCGUGUUUUCAUCUGCCAAACACAUCUUUCGUUUUCCCCCUGCCAGUCAGUGAUGUGCCUUUCAUUUGCUCAGAAUUUUAGUUUUUAAAUCAUAUCGUUUAUUGAAGAUUAACGGCUUUUUCCGAAGUUUUCGAUUUUUGAGGUGAUCCAGUGAAAGAAAACAACUAUUUACGUGGAGUUCUAGACGAUGAUUCGAGAGAUCCAUUGCUAACUGGGGCAACAGGUGUCCCUUCAAAUUUUGUCAUUUAAUUUGACAGUGGUUAUUUUUCUUGUGGCUUACAAUCCUGAAAUUCAAUCAGCCUCAAAAUGGGGCUCCUUCCAUUGGAGUUUACUGAGUGCCUAACAGACAGUCCAUACUUCAGGGAAAAUCUCCAAGGCCACGAAAAAGAGUUGGAGAAAACCAGUCUUGCUAUUAAAGUGCUAAUUAAGGAAGUUAAGGACCUCGUCAAUGCUGCAAGAGCGUUGUCAAGGGCGCAGCGCAGUUUGGCCACAAGUUUGAUGAGUUUCCAGUUCGAAUGCAUCGGUAACAGCCAGACGGACGACGAGAUCGUCAUCGCCGGAUCGCUCAAAGAAUUUGGUCGCCUCAUCAACGCCAUCGAAGAUGAACGGGAUCGGAUGUUGGAACGAGCCAAGGAUCAAUUUAUCGGGCCGUUGGAGAAUUUCCGCAAAGAGCACAUCGGCGGCGCCAAGGAGGAGAAGAAGAAAUUUGAGAAACAGACGGCCAAGUUCGUCCAGAGUCAAGAGCGCCACUUGAACCUAUCGACCAAGAAACAGGAUUCCGUUCUACAGGAGGCGGAUGCGAUUUUGGAGAUGGAACAGCGCCACUUUUGCCAGGCCAGUCUCGAGUACGUCUUCCGCUUACAAGAAGUCCACGAACGCAAAAAGUUUGAGUUUGUCGAAACGUUAUUAGGCUUUAUGUAUGGCUGGCUAACUUUCUACCAUCAGGGCUAUGAGGUGGCCAAAGAAUUUCGACCCUACAUGACUGAUUUGCAAGUGCGCCUCCAAAAGACGCGGGAAAACUUUAACACGACCCGGGAAGAAGCCGAGUCGCUGAUGCGCAAGAUGCUGGAGGUGCGUAAGACGAAGCCGUGCGACCCGGGCAGUUUGAACAAAAUGUACACACGACAAGGCUAUCUCUACGUCAUGGAGAAAAAGGCAUUUGGGACGACUUGGUCGAAACAUUAUUGCCAGUACACCAAGGAAAACCGCAUUUUCACCAUGAUACCGUACACGCAGACGAUUGGAAAAAUUACCACAACUGACACGAUGGAAAUCAAGUCUUGUACUCGGCGAAUGUCAGACUCUAUCGAAAAGAGAUUCUGUUUUGACAUUACACCAAAGGAUCGACUGGUGAUGGUUAUUACGCUGCAGGCGCUGUCAGAGGAUGACCGCCGGCUAUGGCUUGACGCGAUGGAUGGGAAAGAGCCGGUAACACUUCAACCCACUGCAAGAAACCCGUUUCCUACCACCUACGCCCAACCUGGAAAAUCAUCCAAACAUGAAGAGACCUGUUUAGAUGAGGUUGGCUUUCUUUUUAUUCGCACGUGCAUUAAAGAAAUUGAAAACCGAGGUCUGGAAGAUCAAGGAUUGUAUCGGCUGGUUGGCGUCUCGUCCAAAGUCAGUAAGCUCCUAUCUAUGGGGCUUGAUCGACGGAAAGUUGAAAAACUGAACUUGGAGGACCGGCUCGAAUGGGAAAACAAAACUAUUACCAGCGCCAUUAAAACUUACUUACGCCAAUUGCCCGAGCCGCUCAUGUCCUUCCGAUAUCAUACAGCUUUUAUUGCGGCUGCAAAGCAGGAAUCACGACUUCACCGAACUGCAGACGUGCACGCCCUAGUUCAUCGACUGCCUGAAAACCACUUUAAAAUGUUGGAUAUCAUGAUAACUCAUCUCAAAAAUGUCGCUGGAAAAGCAGACAAGAAUUUAAUGACCGUUUCCAAUCUUGGCGUCUGUUUUGGACCGACGCUACUACGACCAGAAGAAGAAACGAUGGCGGCCAUUAUGGAUAUAAAAUUUUGCAACGUCGUAGUGGAAAUCAUGAUAGAAAAUUCGGAUAAGAUUUUCAAGACGAAGCCGGACCCGUCAGAAUUACCAAUAAAAAAUCCAGCAACGGUCAAUAUGCGUCCACCGUCCCCGCCAGCAUAUCAACCGCCACCCCAGGUUUAUACAGGUGGUGGUGGUGGUGGCGGCAUUGGAGGGCCAACGCCCACUUCAUUGAUUCACCGUCAGCCUGCUACUAGUUACAGUCUAAUACCCCCUAUUGCUCAAGCCCAUCUCAGUCCACCACCUUCAUCUCCCUACGUCGACGGCCCGUCUCGGCAAAUGAUCACUUCGAAUAGUGCUGGAGUCCGGAAUGCCACACAGCCUCAGCAACGGGUAGUCUAUCCAUCAAGUCCUACUACAGCUGAAUUAUGGUCAGGCAACAAGUUGCCACCUGCAGUUCAAACGCAACCUCAUGCAUCUGGGACAUCAAGGUCGAAUUUGCGGCCAGGCUCAGCAGGAGCAUUACCUAGUGGACCGACUGGUCGCCCGUUAGGAGUGAUACCACCAUUAAGUUCCAAUACUUCAGCCCCAGAAAGACCUCAUAGCAAUACCAGUCUAAGUUCAAGCGAUUCCGCCCCUGGUUCUACAGUGUCUUCAUCAAGAUCUUCAUCCAGAGAUCCUUUGCCUCCUCUUUCUUCUUUCCCUUCGAUAGCACCGACACCUCCAAUAGUAUUAGCGAAUUCUUCGACUGUUUCAUUCAAUGGUCAGCCUCCAGCAUCGAAGCCACCAUAUGGUUUAAAUUCGACGCAACUGCAGCUGGUGCCGGCAUCUGUUGCAAAUAUAGACGCAUCGGAUACUACCAAAAUAAGUACCAACCAGUUAAGAAGAGUAAGAACUCUAUAUGCCUGCGUAGGAGAGAAUGAAACGGAAUUAACUUUCGAGCCCAAUCAGAUCAUCGUCAAUGUACGGCCAUCCAGAGAACCUGGCUGGCUAGAGGGGGUGUUAAAUGGGCGUGCAGGUCUUAUUCCAGAAAACUACGUGGAAUUUCUGCCGUGAAAGGUAGUUCCAAUCGAGAGAAAUUAUAUAAUUUUGUUGUAAAAGUAUAUCCGUCGUCGCGUUUCAUCCGACGAUUUGAGUAGAAUUGUUUGUGUUCCAUCUGUUUUGCCCCGUAUUUUGUCAGAAACUUUUCAUUCCAAGCGACGACGUAAUUGUAACGCCCCGUCAACUGAUCACUUGUAUUCUAACGUUGUAUUUUGUUCUUUGCUCUCAGAAAUCUCAUUGUUCUUCGUGAUACCGUA